AUGGCUUCCUCUUCUCACUCCCACCCCCAUAACCACUUCAAAAAUACCAACAAUUUUGUGGAGCAAGAAAAGGAACAUAACUCUCAAAGACAUGUACAACAACAAGAAGAAGAAAAUUGGCUCAAGUUAGGGUUGGGGCUAGGAAGAAAUGAUGACAUCAUCAACACAUCAUCAUUCAAUAAUCAAGUAGUUCAUCAUCAUCAUCAUCAUGGAUCAAACAAUAAUCCACAAGUCUUAUUAUGUUCUGAUUCCUCAUCAUCCCAUAUAGGAAGCCAUGGUGAACAUCAUCAUCAUCAACAAGAAAUGCUGAAAUUAGGGUUAGGGUUAGGGUUUCAACAAGAUUCAAUGUUAUUAGGAUCUAUGGAGGAGAAGAUGAUGAUUGAACCUACUAAUAAUGAUGAUGAUGAUGAAAAUGGAUCAUCAUGGCAAAUUGAUUCAACUUGUGGUGGUGGUGGUGAUUUUCAUCAUUACAACAAGUGUGGAUUGUGGUUUACGCUACGUUCAUCUACCAACCGAAGAGGAGAAGCUUUGCCUCAGAUACCAAAGGCGUACAUUAGAAUCAGGGACGAAAACAUGACGGUCUUCAUGGUUAAAAAAUAUCUUGUUAGAAAACUUGGUCUCUCCAACGAAGCUGAGGAUCAUAUUAAUAACUGGAGGAAAACAGCACUUUGUUUAACAUCCAUUUUCUUUCUUGCUGCUAUAAUAUGGUUCAUAGAACACGUACUGAAGAAAUUGUUGGAUGUUGUUGCGCAUGGGUUUCAAAUGCUAAUAGACCCUAAAGCAGCUUACCUCCAUCAGUUAUAGAUAGGGAGCGUCCCGGUGCGACAGCGAUCUAAACGACAACAACAUUAGUGAAAGUCUCCUCUUAUCGGUCCGCUAUCUAACCUUUCUGCUCACAUUAGCAUCUUCGAUAGUCGUCGACCUCCUCGCCGGCACAGUCCUAUCAUCAUCCCGUCGCCGUAUGAGCAAUCAAUCUUCUCAUCUUCGCUGUUCUGAAAUUGCUAGUGCCAAAACGCUGUCUCCAUUGGUGGCAUAUAUGCUUGCUUGCUGGGAGAGAGAAGACCCAAAAAUACUAAAAGAGAACUUUGGGUGCGGGUUGAAAUUAAUUGUAUGAGAUCUGUAUAGGUUUUCUAUCUGUCCAACUUAGAAU